AUGCUGCAAUAUUUCGCAAGCAAGCGAGGUGCACAGGGCCUGGAAGAUGGAGAUGACGACGCUGGCCACGGUGCUGAAUAUGGAGAUGAGAACGCUGUAACCGUUCGAUCUCUGGGCCGACCUAGGGGCGACAACUGUGCAGAUGGCACACGAGGAGCCACAGUCAAUCCCACCGCUAAGUUGAAGCCACCUGCGAUGCCACAGAGUCACAAGCGGACGGUGCACUCGCUGAGUAGAGGAAAAGUGGCUCCUACCCGUUCUCACGCUGGGAACGAGGAGGCGGAAGAGACGGAAUCAGAGCGUGUGGGGGAUGUCAAUCAGCUGAGUGGACGUAUGGCGUACAUGCCUACAGACUCGACGCCCAGAGGGAACCUGCGCGAUUACGGCUGGGACGCUAACAACGUCGACGCCAUCACGGAUGCUAUGCGCGCCAUGCAAACCCAUUUUCAGGACAUGAGCAAGGCUGUCACGACAUCGACCAAUGCUGUGAAGGAAUUAAGCGAGCUGCUGCAGAAAACUCUAAGCCUGCAGCAGGAGAAUGCUAACCAGAUGCGAUGUUGCCACGCACCCAGCCUCGAUGGCAAUCCCCCCAUGCAGGGUCCGUCGGGAGGCUCUCUGGUUACCGGAUCCAACGACACCCAGGACACCACGCACGUGGCAGAGCUGCAGCGUUCGGUUGCAGCCAUCGUCGAGCCUGCCAAACUGUCGGCACGAUACGUGCAGGUGUUCCAGAAAUGUAUCAUGGUGGGCGAGUCAACUGGCGACAAAGGGCUGUCCAUGUGGCCGAAAGUGGAGAUCGUGGCAAAGUGGAGUGCGGCGACGGGAGCAAUUGGGGAGCAUCUGCAAGCCAGGCUGGUGUUUUGUCUUAAGUUUUCUGCCGAGCACAUGGCAGUGUGGUCGACAGUUUCAGCCAGGAUGCGUGGUGGCAUCACGGGGAUCAGCAAAACGGUGCUGUACCGCUUCUUGGGCAUUCCCCGCUUUGUGGGUGGUUUGCCCAAGGAGGUUCAAUGGAAGCUGGUCACUUGCAGCGUGGUGCGCAACCCACGGGCUGCCUACGAGGAAUACCUCCCUGAUGGGUUCUCGAUGACGUGGCACUGCAACGAGCAGGGCGUGCCGUUCAGCACUUGGCAGUUUGAGAUUUUCAUCGCGGCAGCGUACUGGAGGUGUCUUCAGCGGAAGAACCUGAGGCUUCACCCCUACAACGUGGCGUUCGCCCUGUAUGGGGCUGAAUACCCCGUUGUGCACCACGAUCAGUACCGCACCGGGCUCCCGACCAAAGACACGCCCAACAUCCACAACACCAACCGGAUGCGGGCCAUCGUUUGCAACUGGAUGCGAUACACCAUUCUCAAGUGGCGUACCACUAGGGGUGGUCCUCGCUACAUUGCAAGUGAGAAGGCGUACCAGUUCAGCGAGGGUACGCAUUACAACGUGCUGAUCCACUUCCCAAGCCCGGAGGAGGUGGUGGAGAUGACGGAGGAAAUUGUGGGUGGGGAGGUUUAUGACGGCGACGAUGACAUGGAUGCUGCCGCGCAGGUCGCAGUGACUUAG